AUUGUCCGACAGACUCGUCGUCCGGCAUACUUGCGUCGAAUCCCGACAUCACGAUCAAAAUCCGAUCCGGUCAAGGCAACGGCGCAGGCCCGUACAUUUGGGUUGCAAUCAGUGCCAUCCUCAUUGACGCCAUGGAGGCCGAGGGAUUUGGGUACAAGAGCCGAACUGCCCUCACUAACAAGGAGUUCUUUGCUUCGUGCUUCUGCUUUGUUGAUGACACCGAUGUCAUGGAGUCCAACGACAACGUGGAGACGACUGGCGAAGACCUCCUCCCUUUGGUACAAUCGGCUUUGGACCUUUGGUCGGGUGGCAUCAGUGCCACUGGUGGAGCUAUCAACCCGGCGAAGUCCUUCUGGUGGCUGAUUGAUUUCAAAUGGCGGCCGUCCUCUGGCACGUGGGUGUUUCGAAGGAAGGCUGAAAUGCCUGGCAAACUGACCCUCCAAGACCCGACUGGGCCGUGGGCGACACUACGACGCCUCCAACCCGAUGAAGCUGAACGGACCCUGGGAGUCAUGAUGGCCCCACUUGAGACCGGAACUGCACAACACCUUGCCCUGCGGGAGAAGGCCAAGAACUGGGCAGCCAAGUUCCGUCCUCAACACCUACUUCGCUAUGACGUCCUUCCCUUGCUCAAGGCAACCGCCUUGAAAACUUUGGAGUAUGUGAUGCCCCUUUCCACACUGGGCCGCUCCGACUGGGUGUCCAUCAUGUCACCGAUCCUCCAAGCGAGUUUGCACAAAGCUGGGGUUUGCCGUUCCUUCCCCCGCGUCAUGGUCUUUGCCCCUCUGAAUUACCAGGAACACGCGGCAGAACAAUGA